AUGCGAGGAGAACACUGCGUGCUCGGGGCCAGCGCCCUCACCUUCGUCUCCGUCAUCCUCCUCAUCUUUGCCCACAUCGGCCAGAUCUCCUCAGGGCCCCUCGUCAAGUCCAUCUACAUGGCCGAAGUCAACGUUGCUGCUUAUGGGAACGGUCUGGCAGGUGCCACCAAUACAAGCGCUGGCGGUCUUUAUGACAGCAAGGACGAGGAUAUGGGCAAGUUUAAGGGGUUGCGACAGUUCUACAGGUUUGGCAUGUACAACGCCUGUGGGUACCAGAAGGAUGCCGCCAGUGGUAUCUGCAACUCUUCCACUUUCGCCUACCCCAUGGAACCUCUUGGCAGCUUGAUCGGCGAUGUUCCUCCCCAGUUCAGAAUCCAGACCGUCAACAUCAUUCCCUCGUCCACUUUCAAGCAGAAUGGCUACAACCAUGCUAUGACCAGGGCUGCCAGUGCAUUGAUCUUUGUCGGAUCGGUCGGUGUGGCUCUCGCGUUCAUCUUUGGUGUCAUCAAGUUCCGCCUCACAUUCUUUGUCGCGUCCAUUUGUGCGGGUGUCGGUGCAUUCUUGCUCAUGAUUGGUGCCGCUUUAUGGACAGCAGUCGUUGCCAAAGACGCGUGGCUGGAAAAGGUCACUGUUCAACAUGGCUACAAGCUCGGUAUAUACGUGACGGCCGGUCCUUCCCUCUAUCUCGUAUGGGUCGCUUUCGCCAUGACUGCCCUUUCAUGUCUGCCCUACGUGAUCGCUUGCUGCACAUAUCGCAAAUAA